CAUCUGCAGUACAACGGUUAAUUAUCAUUUUUAUAACACUGUAUAGCCAAUUAAGUGCAUCAUGCUGAAAAAUGCCUUGCCAGCGUGGAAUACAGCAGUGGUAUCCUGCGCAUUCCUCAAAUGUGUCAGCUUGUGAUGUUUACGUGGGGGGGACACAAUCAGCAGAGAUACGACAACCCCAAAAGCAUUGCCACAUUAAGAAUGUUGCUAUACACUCAUAAAAUGUGUUUAAAGCACUCUUCCAAACAUAGUUAUACACUCCUGAUGUGCAGUGGGUAAAAGAUUUGCAACAACGUUCGCUCCGAUCUUCGUUGUUUUUUACACCAACCAACUAUAACCUGAGACAGCAAGUGCUGCGACAGCGAGUGCUCAUUUGCAUUCUGAGGCUGAACACGUCUCUCUCCAUCUUGUCAGCUACAACUCCAUCCGAGCCUUACUCAGGUGAGCAACCCGGCUACACCACGAACGCGCUGAGAUUGUUUUCCCGGGGGAAGUUAGCUUGAGGAGGUAAAAGGGUCAGACUGUGGCUUCUCCCUAUUGUGUCUGCCUCCAACAAGCCAGACCCGUUUAAAGCAUUCCCCUGGAGAGUUCCACUCAGCACUGCGGAAAAGAUUAUGGAGAUUGGCCACGGCGGUCAUGUGACUGGUGCUGGGCAACAUGUGCCAUUGGCCUGCCUGGUGCAGAAUUAUCUGGAGCAGCACCAUUAUAGGCUAAAGCUUUCUUCAUAGAGAAUCAGAGGAAGAUUGUGCAGCUCCAGAGAGUAUGUUAAUGGGAAGAAAGAGAAGCCGAAACAUUGAAGAUGUAAAUUCAUUUCAGGAAUUUUACGCAACCUCAUCAAGAGUGAAACAUGAGUAAAGCGCAAAGCAAGCUGGAGCAGAUGAUACCAUGAAGAAAAGCUCACGGGUCCUCCAUCACCAACUGCUAAGUCUUCUGAUCCUGGCACUGACUGAAGAAUUGAUGUCCACAGCACACAGGUUGUCUCAUAAGUCAGUGUCUCAGAGUUAUCUCACGGACUCAACAGCUGUAAUAAUGACCUUACCCCAACCGAAUGCCAAUUCCAAGAUAACAGACCGUAUUAGCAGACACAAGACCUCCGAUGCUGAUGGGAAUGCCUUAAAGUAUCUUCAGUUAGCCUAUGACUCCAAGAGGGUUGAUACCAGCUUGGUUGACCCCACACCUAUUGACAUCCAGCCAACCAUGUCGACCUUACCAGGGGAUGUAGCCCAGAAUUAUCACAGAACAAUGGCAGACACUGUGUCCUUGCAUACUCGAAGCACUUUGUAUUCAGAACAAACUGCUGCAGAUGAGAGACUGCCUGCUGUUCACAGAAAUGAGUUAAUGGAAUCUGCACUGCUGAAUGGGAAUGUAACACUGUAUUCUUCACUUUCCACCAGUUCAUACAGAGAACUUGUGACAAUCUCCCCGUCCAUUUAUUAUCAGUCUGAGCUGGUUUCAAGUACACCUGGUAGCCACAAUGUCACUAUAUUGAAAUCAUCAAAUUAUGAAGCCACACCAAAUCAGCCCAUUAACCUGCAUGACUUUAAAACUCUCUGGCAAGUUGAGGGAACAAAUAUUGUGGAGGACAGGGUUUUACAGACACCAGUUCUUCCUUCCUUGCCAAGUGGCUUGGCAAUUAGCUCAUUCAUACAGGUCCCUCCUCUCUUUGAUAACUUGCCAUUGAAGUCAUCGACAGCUCUGAAUUCGGAUUCAUAUAUUAUAACAACAGCUGAAUAUUCCUCGUAUGAAGAUGCACUUCAGGAUUUAUUGAAAGUUAAUGGAAACCUCUCAGCUGUGUUUGGGAUUUAUACUUCAUCCUCUCUGGCAGCAUUCAGCAUGAAGAAAAGCGAUACUUUAACUGCUAGCAUUGUGCCAACCAUGGUUUCAUCUGGGAUCUCCUCAACCUUCACUGAAUCAGAGUCAACAGCAGCAGGAAGCUUCCUGAAUAGAAUUGUUCCUGCGGAGACCAGAGGCCCAGAAACUCCCAGCAAUAUUUCUCAUGCAACGGAAGUCGAUAAGCCUCAACAAAAAGCAACUAUCUGCCUCAGCAAAGUAGACAUAGCCUGGAUUAUUCUGGCUGUCAGUGUGCCUGUUUCAUCAUGCUCAGUUUUACUUACAGUGUGCUGUAUGCAGAAAAAGAGGAAGACAUCGAAUCCUGAAAACAAUUUAAGUUAUUGGAACAAUGCAAUUACCAUGGAUUACUUCAACAGACAUGCUGUGGAACUUCCAAGAGAAAUCCAGUCCCUUGAAACAUCAGAGGACUGCCUGUCUGAGCCACAAUCCCCUCCAAAUGGUGACUACGUGGACACUGGAAUGGUACUGAUCAAUCCGUUUUGCCAAGAAACACUCUCUUCCCAGAAGCCAGAGAACUUCUGAGUUAUUAUCAUGUGGCCAGGAAGGCAGAGUGAAGCUGCAUUUUCUGUGGUAGCUCUAAGGUACUUAUUAUGACCAGCCAGUUGUCUGAACCAAUGGAACACAUUUCCAAAACCUCUCAUAUGUUUUUUUUAUAUGUGUAAAGACUUUACAAAACAGUGCUUUAUAAAAUUAAAGUAUUUCUAAACAGAAAACUAUUU